CGGUUGUUAUGGGCUCCCUCAAAUUCCACUUCCCUCGAGUGGGUCUUCUCCAAAACGUCUCGAAACCCCACCCACGCUCUUCAGUGGUGAGCUGUGGCCUCAGGGGCGGACCUAGAAAGCCUCUGUGGAGGAAAAGCGUGCUGUCCUCCGAAGCCAUUCAAGUAGUUCAUUCCUUGAAGCUAGCCAGAUCAUCCGCACCCAAAUUGCAACAGGUUUUCAAUGCCAGACUCACCAGGCUCUUGAAGGCAGACUUGUUAGACACCUUGGCUGAACUCCAAAGACAAAACCUAUUGGACUUGGCCCUUCAGGUGUUCCAAUUUGUGCGCAAGGAAGAGUGGUAUGAACCAGAUUUGCUCAUUUACUGUGACAUGAUUCUAUUGUUGGGAAAGAACAAAUUGAUUGAAAUGGCUGAAGAGCUGUUUUCUGAACUAAAGAAAGAAGGCUUAGAACCCAACACAAGGGCUUUUGCUGAGAUGAUUGGAGCAUACAUGCAAGUGGGUAUGAUAGAAAAGGCAAUGGAGACAUAUGAAUCGAUGAAAGCAUCAGGUUGUGCACUAGAUAGGUUAACGUUUAUGAUAUUGAUAAGAAACCUUGAGAAGGCUGGGAAAGAAGAAGUAGCAGCAAUGGUAAAGAAGGAAUGUGCUGAAUAUGUUGAUUCUCCUGAGAAAUUCCUUGAAGAAGUCGAACAGAAAUAUGUAAGGAAUUUAAGUCUUUAUGCACUCAUGUUCAUCAUUUUUUGCUCUACAGCACAAGCCAAGGUAAUUUUUCCUAUGUCUCUUCAUUAAUAUAGGGAAACAAAGCUGUAUUCUCUGACUGUUAUAUGAAGGAAAAUCCA